CUCCUAGAUGUUAAAAUGCUGCUUAUUUUGCACUAUUUGAAGCAUUGCUUUGUUGAAUCUAUUAGAUCCAAUGCACAUUUCGACAUGUAAUCCUCCUCAAAUUCUCUGUGAUGCAGGAAUUCUUCAAAUAGUCAAGAAUCCCUGAAAAGUCCAUUAGGUGAAACUGCUUUGAGGCAAAUGAAAAAAUCUUUCUAUACGAAUGUUCCUCUUUCAUAUAUGGAAUAUAUAGGAAAUCUUGCAUUUGAGACUCUUGGGCUAGAAUAUGGGGAAGAGAAGGAAUUAUACCAUAUUUAAGCUUUCCGAUAACUUGUGUUCUGAUUCAACUGUCUCCUGCAAACGUACAAUAGCCGAGGAUCAGAAAAGAAUUCAGCUCUAUAAGGUUAGAACUCAGUUCCGCCUGCUUCUUGAUGAAGACUACAAUUUAUUGCAAGCUGCCCAGGUAACUGUUUACUUUUAGCUUUAGAAAAACAACAUUUAAUCUUGCCAUGAACGUAUUUACCUCCUCUACCUAUAUUUUUGCAUGCUUUACUUCGUGCAGUUUGUCUUUUUCUACCUGUCUUUUGACACUAUGUUUUUUCUUUUAGAUUGAGGUGAACCAAGUAUACCACAUGGUUGCAGAUAUGAGCUGUCUUUGAAAGAGUUCAGACCUGAGGUUGAUGCUUCAUACCAAGAAAAUCAUGGCCGCUUUAUCUGAUGAGGAGAUCGCUGGAAUUAAAAAUCUUAUUAAUUCUGCCAUUUUGGACUCAGAAGUUAAGGGUGGGUUGAGAUGGCCCAUUGGCAAAGAUUCUUCAGGGGGUCGAUAUGCUGUAAUUGGUGUUUGGCACACAACUGCAAAAUCAUAUGGAAAUCCGUCAAUCAGGUUUAAGCUUCGACAUGCAGAUCGAUUUGAUUUCGGAUCUUCAACUGGUGAGGUUUCACGGGAGACCAGCCUAAAAAUGCCUGGGAUUGUAUCUCAAUUGCGAGUAGGUUUUCUUUCUAUGACAAGCAAUUAUGUUUACUUAAUUUUUAUUUGGUCUCUGUGGGCAAUACUAAUACAUCUUAUUUGGUCUCUGUGGGUAAUACAUCCGUGUGUGCGUGCAAUAGGUGUAACUUACACAAAACCAUAUCAUAAUAUUCUUAGAAACUAGAUUUGAACAUCGUACCCUGUUCCCACUUACCGAUUACAUCCACUGAAUUGGGCAAAAUAUCAUCCAAAGCAGCUGGAGCAACACAAAUUUACCGCCCUUUUGUUGGAAAUUAUUAACCUUUUGUAUGUCUUCAAAGAAUUUACGCUAAAAAGUUAUAAUUGAGAUCUACAAAAGCUCAUGUUAGCGAAUGGUCACAUAACUCGCAUGUGCUUGGAAGUACAAACAGAACCAUGCAGUGUCUCUUCAUUGUUGAAUUGAUAAGCAUUUGUGUUUUAUUUUCUAAGUUGAACCUGCACUUCUGAAAUAAUUAAUUUGAUUUACAUUCUCUUACCGUCUCUUUUAGUUUUAUUGAGCCGAGGGUCUAUCGGAAACAACCUCUCUACCCCCUCGGGUAGAGGUAAGGUCUGCGUACACACUACCCUCCCAAGACCUCACUUGUGGGAUUUUACUGGGUCAUUGUUGUUGUUGAUUUACGUUCUCUUACCAAAA